GACCCAUCUCGCGCUCUUCGAAGUGGUUCGAUUCCUCGCUCGAGUCCAUGCAAGUCCGAGAGAAGCCACAAUUUGCACUCCUGAGUUCGAGAUCUUCGCUGUAGGCGCACUGGCCGCCGUCGAAUCGUCGAUUACCUCCUAGAUUCUCAAUAUGAGGAUGGCUAAGGAAGAAACUUCAUGUAGUGCUGUCCAAGCAAUUGAUAUGAUUUCAGCUGUUAAGGAGCUGCAUGUGCUUAACUCUCAGGAGCUCAAUAAAUUAUUGAGAGACUCUGACAAUUUUGUAAUCGACUGUUUAACUGUUAAAGGAUCAUCAAUAAAGGUUGAUAUGGAAAAACUUGCAGGCUUUCUCCCCUUGCACCUUAUUGCUGUGCUCAUGUCAGCUGAAAGAGAUGAAGUUAUGUUCAGAUACCUAUUAUCUGGUGUACGACUCUUGCAUUCCUUGUGUGAAGUGGCACCCCGCCAUGCUAAACUGGAACAGAUUUUGCUGGACGAUGUUAAAGUAUCAGAGCAGAUGCUUGAUCUGGUCAUUUUUUUGCUUAUCGUCCUCGGUGGAUAUGAGCAGGGAAACAAUGAUCCAAGUCCUCUGCCCCUCCUGCAUUCAGCAUUAGUAGCUUGCAGUCUGCAUCUCCUAACAGGAUUUAUAUCUUCACAGUGGCAAGACCUUGCUCACGUAUUGCUUGCACAUCCUAAGAUUGAUGUAUUUAUGGAUGUUGCCUUUCGAGCAGUUUGUAUGGUGACUAGAUCGCUCAGGACCAAGCUGUCACCUCAUAGUAAUGAUUUUUGUGCAAAUGUGAAUCUGACAGCAGAGCAAAUGGUUACCUACCUUUGCCAGCAGUGUGAGGCAUCUCUGCAGUUUCUUCAUUCAUUAUGCCAACAGAAGACAUUUCGGGAGCGUGUGCUCAGGAAUAAGGAACUGUGUGGAAGAGGUGGCGUUCUUCUUCUGGCUCAAACUAUUUUCAAGCUAGAGAUUGCUCCAUCUUUGAAACAGUCCGCUGCUGUUGUAGCUGCAAUAUCCAGGCUUAAAGCUAAAAUGUUAUCAAUUCUGCUACAUCUUUGUGAAGCUGAAAGUAUUUCUUACCUGGACGAAGUUGCCAGCUGUCCACAGAGCUUGGAUCUUGCAAAAUUUGUUGUACUAGAGGUUCUCAACUUAUUGAAGACUGCACUUGGCAGAAAUUCUGAAUAUUCUGCUGCUCAUUCUGAGAGAAAAUAUCCAUCAGGCCUGUUGCAGCUCAAUGCAAUGCGCUUAGCUGAUAUCUUUUCCGAUGACUCGAACUUUCGAACUUAUAUCACAACAUACUUUACUGAAGUUCUCUCUGCAAUAUUUUCCCUCUCUCAUGGCGAUUUUUUAUCCUCUUGGUGUUGUUCUGAUCCCCAAGUGAGGGAAGAGGAUGCUUCCCUGGAAUAUGAUUUACAUGCAGCUACAGGAUGGGUUUUGGAUGCCUUUUCACCAUCAAACACUUUGAACAAGUUGAAUAUAGAAUAUGCAUUCAUCCCUAAUAAUAUUCCUCGAUCUUCGUAUGCCCACCAGAGGACAUCUCUUUUUGUCAAAAUAAUUGCGAACCUCCAUUGCUUUAUUCCCAACAUCUGUGAAGAGCAAGAGAGGAAUCUUUUCCUUCACAAGUUUCUAGAGUGCUUGAAGGUGGACAUGGACUCGGCUAAGCCAUCACCUGAAUUUUCUUAUACUUCUGAUGCUCAAAGAGCUGACACUGUCUUCAGAAAUCUGCGUUCAUUGUUAAGUCACGCAGAGUCCUUAAUUCCGACCUUCUUGAACGAGGACGAUGUCCAAUUAUUGAGAGUAUUCUUUAACCAGUUACAACCAUUGAUCACACCGAGCAUGGUUGAAGAGAACGGAGUUCAAGAAAGCAAACUGGAUGGGUCCAGAUCUUGGGACAAGUUUGCUCAAAUGAAUAUGAGUGACAAAUAUCAGGAAGCUCAGAGUUUGGGGAGACGCUUAUAUCCUAUACCCGGAAAAGAUCCUCCUAAUAAUAAUGGUAGAAGCAGUAACCUGAGAGAGGGCAUGUCUGAAAACUCCUCUUUCAACGACUUGGACCGGCUUCAUGUCAGACGCAAGCAUGAUGAGCGUAGCAACUUUUUGAGGCGAGGUCGGGGGGAACAUGGUAAAUUUGGUGGGACUGCCUCUAGAGUCUCAAGAGAAGGCGAUGGGGAUGUCCAGAUUGUGGAAACAAGUGGUUCGGAUACAAGCUCCAUGAAAGGAAGAAACUCCGCAGAUCCCACAGAGAAUGGCGAUCUUGUAAAGCUGGGCAAGCAGGUCACUGAAAGUGGGUCUGGAGCAGGUCAAGAGGAUGAGAAGGUUGAAAUUCAUCACAGUGAAGAAAAGCAGCGAAGAAAACGCAAACGCACUAUCAUGAAUGAGAAACAGAUGAAACUCAUGGAGAGAGCCCUCGUGGAUGAACCCGAAAUGCAGCGAAAUGCCGCUUCGAUUCAAUCAUGGGCUGAUAGAUUGAGUUAUUAUGGUUCUGAAGUUACAUCUUCACAGUUAAAGAAUUGGCUGAACAAUCGGAAAGCUAGACUAGCGCGCGCUGCUAAAGAUGUCCGACCCCAGCCAGAAGUUGACGAUGCUUUGCCCGAUAAGCAGGCUGAACAAGGCCAAGUGUUGCAGCCUGACUCACCAGAGAGCCCAGGUAACGAAGUUCCAUCAACUUCGAGAGGUACUUGGGGCACAUCAAGAAACAGUGCAGAAAAAUCUGGGGCUGCUCAAUCAGAAGCUGUCAAUCUUAGUCCAGCUGAAUUAGCUCUUGAGCCUGGCCAACACAUUGCCGUUGUAGAUGCGACAGGAGAGGAAAUCGGCGAAGGGACGGUGCAUCAGGUUUAUGGGAAGUGGAAUGGGAGCAUCUUGGAAGAAUCGAAAAUGUGUGUCGUGAACAUUACCGAGCUCAAGGUUCAGAAGUGCUCCCAACUUCCAUACCCAUCUGAAACCACGGGCAGCUCAUUCGAGGAAGCUGAAGCCAAGAUUGGCUCGAUGAGAGUUUUAUGGGAUUUGAAUAAAAUUUCCCCAGUUCGGCCUUAGCGAUUUUUGUGACAGUCGACGAGAAAUUUCUGUUGUGAAUUGUGUUAAAGAUAGUUUUGUUCCAGCUCAAGGGCACGCAUCACUGUCUUCGUGUAGAUUUCCUUUUCUAUUCUAACGAAUUGAAUUUCAGUUCAGUAAAAAGUGAGUUUCCUACAAA